UUAAAAAAACAAACACAAUGGUUUCUAAUAAACUUUGUUUCCUCGUACUAGCUGUAGCUACAGCAGCAUUCCUGCUCAAUUCCGCCGCGUCUGCAAGACACGCGCCGCCGUCAACUUUCGGCAUCGACGACUCGAACAUCACCACCACCAGAAACUACACCCAUGUCUGCGACCCGCAGAGAUUCUCCGACCUCGGGCUGGACAUGGAUGAAUUCUCGUUCUGCGAUAAAUCUCUCUCGUACGAGGUUAGGGUUAAGGAUUUGAUCGACCGAAUGACCCUCGACGAGAAAGCCGGCCAAAUCGGAGACACCGCGUUGGGUGUCCCGCGAAUCGGCCUCCCGAAGUACGAGUGGUGGUCGGAGGCCCUACACGGCGUUUCCGACGUCGGCCAAGCCGGCAACCACGUCACCCACUUCGAUGACGUCAUCCCUGGCGCCACCAGCUUUCCGACCGUUAUUCUAACCAGCGCCACCUUCAACCAGUCCCUAUGGAAGAAGAUCGGCCAGGCUGUUUCGACGGAGGCAAGAGCAAUGUACAAUCUAGGGCAUGCAGGGUUGACAUUUUGGAGCCCUAAUAUAAACGUGGUGAGAGAUCCAAGGUGGGGAAGAGCGCUCGAGACACCUGGCGAAGAUCCUUUCGUUGCCGGACGAUAUGCCGUCAACUAUGUUAGAGGUUUGCAAGAUGUUGAAGGAAGUACCGAAGACGAUGAAGUCGCGGAUCUCGACUCUAGGCCCCUCAAAGUUUCGGCCUGUUGCAAGCACUACGCUGCUUACGAUGUCGACAACUGGCUCGGAGUCGAUCGAUACCAUUUUGAUGCCAUAGUGACGGAGCAAGAUAUGAUGGAGACGUUUCAAAGGCCGUUUGAGAUGUGCGUGAAAGAGGGCGAUGUGUCGAGUGUUAUGUGCUCUUACAACAAAAUCAAUGGGAUUCCAGCAUGUGCUGAUCCUAGGCUUUUGAAAGAUACUAUCCGAGGGGAAUGGAAUCUUCGGGGAUACAUUGUUUCGGAUUGUGAUUCGAUUGACGUGAUGCUCGAUGCUCAAAAGUGGCUCAACGACGAGCCCGUUGAUGCCGUUGCCCAAACCCUAAAAGCAGGCUUGGACUUGGACUGUGGGUAUUACUACCCUAACUAUGCCAACACCUCAGUGAGGAUGGGCAAAGUUAAAGAAGCAGAAUUAGAUAGUGCCUUAAAAAACCUCUACAAUGUGCUCAUGAGGCUCGGAUUCUUCGACGGUAGCCCUAAAUACGAAAAGCUCGGAAAAUCCGAUAUCUGCUCCCACGAAAAUAUCGAAUUAGCAACCGAAGCAGCACGACAAGGAAUCGUUCUCCUCAAGAACGCAAACCAAACUCUUCCUCUGAAAUCAAACAAGAUCAAGACCAUAGCAGUUGUGGGCCCACAUGCUAAUGCCACCUCAGCCAUGAUCGGAAACUACGCAGGCGUUCCGUGCCGGUUUACGUCUCCGAUUGACGGAUUCUCCAAAUACGGGAAAGUGAAAUACGAAACGGGGUGCGGAGAAGUGUUCUGCAAGAACGAGUCGUUGAUAUUUCCGGCUGUUCGAGCUGCAAAGAAAGCCGAUGCCACCGUAUUAGUGGUCGGAUUGGAUUUGACUGUCGAGGCGGAGAGUUUGGACAGGACAGAUUUGCUAUUGCCAGGUUACCAACAACAACUGAUCCAACAAGUAUCAAGCCAAUCCAAAGGCCCCGUGAUUCUCGUCAUAAUGUCGGCUGGUGGUGUCGACAUUUCAUUCGCCAAAGACGAUCCGAAUAUCCAAUCAAUCAUUUGGGCUGGAUAUCCUGGAGAAGAAGGUGGCCAUGCUAUUGCAGAUAUUGUCUUUGGAAAAGCCAAUCCUGGUGGGAGAUUACCUUUGACAUGGUUCUACACAAACUACACCGACAUGUUACCUUUGACAUCGAUGCGCCUGAGGCCGAUCGAGAGCUUGGAUUAUCCGGGGAGGACGUACAAGUUCUACGACGGGCCCACGGUGUACCCGUUCGGGUUCGGGCUAAGCUACACCAACUUCACAUACAAGCUCGUUUCAUCCACGAAAACGGUGAACGUAAAGUUGAACAAGUUCCAGCACUGCCGGGACUUGAACUACACGGAGGGCUCGUACAAGCCGCCUUGCCCUGCGAUCUUGAUCGAGGAUUUGAAAUCUUCAUGCGGCGACUAUAAGGUGAAGCUGGAGAUUGAGGUGAAGAAUGUGGGUGAGAGAGAUGGGAGUGAUGUGGUGAUGGUGUACUGGUCUCCGCCGCAGGGGAUCGCGGAGGCUCCGAUUGUGGAUUUGGUUGGUUUCGAGCGGGUGUUUGUCGGCGGCGGUGGUGGGAGUGUGAAGGUUGGGUUUGAGUUGGAUGUUUGCAAGAGUUUGGGGCUGGUUGAUUUUAGGGGUUACCGGCUGUUGCCCUCCGGUGGGGGUAAAUUUGUCAUUGGAGAUGGUGUGCUCUCACUUCCUCUCCAAAUUAAUUUUAGGCGUUGAAUUUUUACUUUUGGUUAUGGUUAUGGGGAUUUUAGUUUGAGCACUCAUUUUCAUGAGUUUUAUUUCGGAUUCCAAAUAUUAUUUUUAAUAUUUGGUGUCCAUCAAUUAUUGUAACUUGAAUUU